CACGAUGGAGUCACAAUACAAGUUUUUUAUGUAUUUUCCUGUCGCCCAAAUAUCGAGUUUAUCAGACGCAGCAAACUACACAACGCUUCCUCAGCGAAAGAACGUCUACCUCGGGGAGACUCUCCAGUUUCUGCUGGUGUUGCGGUCUCGGGGCUUAACGGACAGGGACGAUGGUGCUCUGUCUUGGAAGGACCUGGGGGGUUCUUUGUGCGCUCUGGCGAGCGUGUGCGCCGCGGAGAGCUGGCGGCUGACACCGGCUGUGUGACCGCAUGACCAGCUGCAGUGAAGACAGCGAGGAUGUAGAGUCCGAGGAUGUAGAGUGUAGGACCGCAGAACAGAGCGGAAGAAGACUGGGGGACAAGCAGACCUUCACACAGUGUAACCAACUUGUCAGUCAUAAAUGCUCACCCAGUAGUGCAGCGAUGCACAACGACACAGAACAAGCCAAGUCUGCUUGGGUGUUGGAAGACCAGCUUAUCUUCUGUCUCACUGUCUCUUUGGACAAGCUGCCAGUCAGUACACGUAAAGCCAAGAUUGUAGUCACUGUGUGGAAGCAGAUGGAGGAAAAUGCAGAAUUAAGGGAGCUUGGCUACCUGACUCUGCUGCAGUUUAGGAGUCCAACCUGCACCUUCAGACAAGAUCUUAGCACCUUCAAGACACAAGUGAUGAACUGCAGCUCACAGGACAGAAUGUGUGUCAAAGAUGUGAAGAUUCUUCCAAACUAUAACUCGUCUUACCUUCCCAUGAUGCCUGAUGGCUCAGUUCUCGUAGUCGAGGACGUCUGCCACCAGUCAGCGGAGAUCACCAUGGCUUCAUUCUGUCGGAUAGACAACAAAUCAUCACAUCUACCUUGUAUGCUCAGUGCCCUGGAGGAGCAGACCUUCAUUUUUCAGCUGCAGCUACAAGAGAAAGAAGAACAGCAAUCCAGCAAGGGUUUGGAAGUCCCAUUGUUGGCUGUCCUACAGUGGCACAGUCCAGUACAUCCUGCCAUGAGAUGCAUCUCUACUUGUUACUCGAUACCCAGUGUUCACUUAAAUCGUCCAGAGUUGGUGAUGAUGGCGUCUGCCCAAGGACCGUCAGGCCUCAACAACACUUCUGGGAGGAAGUCAGGAUCCAGUGUGGGAGCGGUUGUGUGCCAGUCUCCACUCAACAACCUGGGCCAGUGUCAGGUGUUCCAAGGUGUCCACCUGGAGGAAACCCUGGGGCUGACCCAAGACAAACUGGUCAGGCGCUAUGGUGGAGCUCCAGACAACAACCUCUCCUGCAGGAACUGUUAA